CACUGCCCUUUUUCUGCUUCUGGUUUAUAGGUUAGAUUAUCGAAGUUGGAGAUUAUUUUAGCAUUUUAUUUUAGUUUAGUAGCAGUGUGUCGUCAAACAUAACUUCUAACAGCUUAGUUAUUAUCUGUAGCUGGCUAAUAUUUUUACAGUCUUCGACUUCGACGCUCGUCGAACAACAUUACCCACAAUAAAAGAUCAACUAAAUAACAAAUGGAUUUUGAAGAAUCGCCAGAUACAUUAGGACCUGAAACUUCACCAUCUCUUGAACUAAAUAACCAACCAACUAUAACAGAAGUAUCAAACAAUUCUAAAGAUAAUCAUGAUGAAAAACAUAAUUGGCAUGAUGAGGCAGCGUGCUUUUCAGACUCAAGUUUUGCCAUUCCGCUUCCCCCUCCCCCCGCCCUCAGCCAUGCUGCUAGCUGGCUAACUGAGACUGACCCUGACUUUGCGAGGCCGGACCUAGGAGACGACUUGGAAGCUUUGUUCUCAUCUCCUGAUACAAGGGUUGAUCAUCUCGGAGACUUGAUUGAUGUAGGUGCAGAGGCAGGCGUCUGCGGUCUACGUAACCUGGGCAACACAUGUUUUAUGAGCACGGGGGUACAAUGUCUGGUGGCCACCCCUGCCCUAGUACACUGCCUACUGCGACAGCUGCCGCCUACAUUGCCCUCGAAUAGUCUUACCAGUCAUCUGUCUGUACUGACACACAAAAUGUGGAGUGGGCAGUACAGUACCGUGCAGCCGACGGACUUCAAGGAGAUGCUGGGCACACAUUAUCCUCAGUUCAAGGAUUUUCGACAGCAUGACUGCCAGGAAUUCCUCGCGUUGCUGCUAGAUGGCUUACAUGAGCAAAUGAACAGUUCCUGUCUUCAAAACAAGCUUCACAAAAUACUUGAUGCUGACUGUGAUGUGGAAAGUAAUUCCGAAAAGUGUUCAAAACAGGUUCCUAACGGGCUGUGUGUUAAUAUAUCACCGAACCAUAAAAACUUAAAAGAAAAUAAUGACAAUACCAAUAAGACUGUAAAUAAGUGUGAAUCAGUUUUGGGAACUCCCAAGAUGGACAAAAAGAUUAAUAACUGUGAAAUCGAUGAACUUACUAGUCCCGAUAGCUCUAAACUACCUAUGAUCUUGAAUCGGUACAAACGAGAUACAGAAACAUCGCCGAAAACAGAUCAGGUGCUUUCUGUACAUAACAAGACAAAAGACUCUCUGCAACCAAAUGUUCUUAACAACUGUUCUCCAAGACUGAACGGGUUUGAAGACAUCAUAAAAGAUGCAAAAACCUCUAAUGUUAACGUACUGGUUACAGAACAAGAGGCUAACAAUGAAAUAAAAUUUGACUCUGACAAAUUUCCCAAAACGGAAAGUGUGAGGAGACGAGAGACUUUUAAUUUUAACUCUUUUCACCUCUAUGAAAACAACAUGGCCAGUGGGAAGAGAGGGAAAAGUACUGUUACACAUUACAAAAGUACAGUCGAUUUUAGAGAGGGUCUCGACUUAAAGAGGUUGAAAAUGCAGCGCAAUGAACAAACCCAAGACGAGUCAGAUUCCGACACGCUCAUGGACUGUGAUUGGGAGAAAAACUAUUGGAUGGAAGACGAACGGAGACAUAGAGUCUGCUCUAAGAACUUGGACAAAAACUACAGGAUGGAGUGUGAGCGUAAACGGAGGGAUGACCCAGGACCCAGCUCAGCCAAUGAGGUGACGCAGAUGGUGCAGCCGGAGGUGGAUCUCGACGCUGAGGUUCAUUGGCAGAAACACCUUGCGGCUCAUAAGAGUGUAAUCGUCGACACCUUCCAGGGGCAGUUUAAAAGCACGGUAGUGUGCUCAUCCUGUAAGCAUGUCUCAGUGACUUACGAGCCGUUUAUGUACUUGUCUGUCCCCCUGCCUCAUGCAAUGGAGCGUCAACUAUCUGUGACAUUCGUGGGGGCCAAGGAAGCAGAGCCUGUACAGUACUUGGUGACAGUAAGCAAGCGAGACACAGUCGCCAACAUCAAGGAACAACUGCUUCACCUUAUUGGCCGACCUGUGUCACUCAUGGUUCUAGCUGAAGUGCUGGAUUAUCAUAUUGCUAAAAUACUGGAUGAGAAUCACCUGGUCCGUUAUAUCAAUAGCAGUAAUAGGGAGCUUUAUGCGAUUGAACUGGCCAACUUUUCCCAGUUUGCCACAUUGGACGCUCCUGUUGACAGUGAAAAGAUGGUAGGUUGUGAGCCUUUAGUGUGUGACCUGACGGGAGAUUCUUGCACCAUCUGUCUAGAGGAGAAGGACUCCAACAUGAGUAGACACGUCGGCUGUUCCUGCAUCCUUUGCGACUCUUGUAUUGUUCGUUCGAGCCAACACUACGGAGACGAGAGUCUGAGGUGUCCUGUGUGUCGCAAGGAGUUGACUCCAGGAGAGAACCUAGUCACCAUCGGACAGACUCAGGACACCAAGCCUCCGGUCAGGAUGCUGAAUGUUCCGUUGGUGUUCCGUGUGGAUACGUCAGGGGACGGUAAUAACACCAGGACUGUCCAGCUGUUUGGUCACCCUCGACUACUGCGUCUGCCCAAUCAGCUGGAGUGUCAACAAUUGCACGAGGCAGUGGUGUCUCUCAUGCCGUACUCCAACCAGUAUAAGAUAUUACUGGUGGAUGGACAGGGCCAUCACUGUUCACGCUGCAUGUUCAACGCCCACUGCCGUGGCUGCCCCGUGGACACUGAAGGUCUGCUGGUGUUACGAGCAGGUGAUUGUCUAGCAGCCAUGUUCUCUGAGCCUGUACCUGAGAUAUCAGCUGUUCCGCAUACUACGAUGCUCCAGUAUGCAGUAAACUCCACAAUCACUCUAUAUGACUGCAUACAAGCCUUCAGCCAGAGUGAAGUCUUGGAUGAGCAUAAUCCCUGGUUCUGCCCAAAUUGCAAGAAAAAUCAGUGUGCUACAAAAACACUAUCAGUUUGGCGGUACCCCAACUAUCUUAUAAUUUACUUAAAACGAUUUGUGUUCCAAGACUGUGUCAGCACCAAGCUGGAUGACAAAGUUACGUUUCCUCUGCAAGGAUUGAACCUGUUGCCCAACACCUCGUUGUACGACUUGUACGCUUGCGUCUGUCACAUUGGAGGUGUGUCAGCCGGUCACUACACAGCUUACACCAAACAUCCCAGGACUGGAGAAUGGCAUCAUUACAAUGAUGACUGCGUUACCAAGCAGCGACCUCAAGAGGAGGACUACAGCAAUGCCUAUAUCCUCUUCUACAAACGGAGAGGAGCUGAUAUGAAAAAUGAAGAUUUUAACGCAAAGCUGGCUUCUUUGAAUAGUGAAAACUUCAGUUGAAUGUAGCUAAUUUUGUAUUUUUAAGUAAUGUUCCCUAUAUGUUUUAGUCUUACAGUUCUAAAUAAAAUACCCUUAUUGUUUAAAUGUAUAUAUUAUAAAUAUCAUUAAAUAUUUUAUAU